AUGGCCGCAAUUGCAAUUGCUUCUUUCAUACUUAUAUUUGUGUCAAACAGCUUUGCAACAGCUGACUUCGAAUAUACCCUGACACUUCCAGAAAAGGUGCAGGAAUGCUUCGACCACAGUGCACAUCUUUCCCAAGUGGACCAUAAAUUGGCAAAAGAUGCUUGUAUUCGAGCAUAUUUCGCCGAUAUUCUAGAGCCUUCAAUAAGAGAAGAUGACUACCUUUUCUUCAAGACCGAGUUUGAAGAUAAAAGGUACGGAUUUCUUGGACCACCCACAGGAUUUCGGCGGAGAUCGGAUAUUCGAACACUCUCUAGGCGGGACAGAAAGGCCGUGUUUGAUGCAUUUGAGGAACUUUAUCAGAAUGGAAUUUUGGGUCGAUUUGGAAGAGUGCAUGGUGACCAGAUGUUUAGGAAGCAUAAAGGAAGGGCUUUUUUACCUUGGCACAGGGUGUUUUUGGCAGCGUUUGAAGAAGAAAUGAGAAAGACAAAUCCCGAUGUAUCUUUGCCUUACUGGGACUAUACUAUGGACUAUUACAUCCCGGCGCCUGAAAAUUCUGUCGUGUGGUCAAAUUGCUUUUUUGGAAAUGGCUAUGGCAUAAUAACAUCAGGGCCUUUUGAAGGAUGGUAUGGAGGACUUAACAAUCAGAUUCAUCGAAAACUUGCAGAACGUCAUGGCCAGUGCCUUCCAAAACUUAUUCACAAAGCUGACAUAAAAGGACUGAUGGAUUUUUGCAAAUAUCAAGAGAUCACCACAGGGGAAGGUGAUUAUUAUCAUGGUAACCCAUUUAACUUGGAACUUUUACAUGAUGGGGUUCACGACUGGGUAGGUGGUGAUAUGGAGCAAGUCAAGUAUUCUGGUUUCGACCCGGUGUUCUGGAUGCACCAUGCCUUUAUUGAUCUUAUCUGGGAACAGUUUCGACAACAUCAACAACAGUCUGAUUGCAACAUAGAUCCUGAAAAUGAUUACCCAGAAGUCAACCUCUCACAAGAUAACAAAGAUGGACACGGACCUUAUGACACAAUGCAAGCGUUUGAACAUUUGUAUAACAUUGACGGAAUGAAGAACACAUGGACUACAGAUUUCUACUCUUACGAACCCCAACCACAUUGUCCCGAAUGUGGAAAUUCAACCUACCUUUACUGUGACAAACGUAUCGACAGCAUCAGGUUUCCAAAUGGAGUUUGUGUGAGCAAAGAAAUAUCCGAUUGUAAAGAGAGAUGGCGCAGAAAUGCACCUAAUCCGGCACCAUUACAUCAUACGGCAUGUGAUGGAAAGUUUCUCAUAAUGGGCAUGCAAGGCGACGGCCGUGACAGGAAUAACACAGAUGCAGAAAACCGGAAGAUCUUAAGUGAUUUGAUAGCUCAUGCGUCAAACACGAGUCCGGAUACGUGCACCAGCGCUGGAACUGGAUCUUCACGCAGAGAUAUAGCAAUGACCUUCUAUUUUGCUCUAGCUGUACUUUUCAUCUUCAACUAA